AUGAAAAUCAGGAGGAAGAACAUCAGCAUUUGUGGGUUUUCCAUGAAAAGCUCAGAUGAAGGAGUUUUGCAGCAAAGUGAAGCCAUUGAAGUCUUGUCGAAUGAGGACAUAAUUGCACAUUUGAAAUCAAUUCGUGAUUUGCAUCAAGCAUUUUCCUUCUUUAAAGAUGUGGCCGGUAAGUCGCAGGUCGUGCACACUACAGAAACUUGUAAUUAUAUGCUUGAGCUCUUGAGGGUCCAUGGCAGGAUUGGGGAUAUGGUUGUGGUGUUUGAUGUGAUGCAAAAGCAAAUUAUUUACAGGAGUUUAGAUACUUAUCUCAUUAUAUUCAAGAGUCUAAGCGUGAGGGGAGGUAUCCAGCAGGCCCCAUUUGCGCUCGAGAGGAUGAAAAAAUCCGGGUUUCUUCUGAACGCAUAUUCGUUCAACGGGUUAAUACAUUUGCUCAUUCGAGCAGGAUUUUGUAAAGAGGCUUUGGUGAUCUAUAGAAGAAUGGUCUCAGAAGGACUAAAACCCAGCCUUAAGACAUAUUCUGCUCUAAUGGUCGCUAGCGGCAAGAGACGAGACACUGAAACAGUCAUGGGCUUGCUGCAAGAGAUGGAAAAUUUGGGAUUGAGGCCAAAUGUCUAUACCUUCACUAUUUGCAUCCGGGUCCUCGGGCGUGCAGGAAAGGUUAACGAAGCUUAUAGUAUUUUUAAUAGGAUGGACAAGGAGGGAUGUGCGCCUGAUGUUGUUGCAUACACAGUUCUCAUUGAUGCUUUAUGUAAUGCAGGAAAAAUCGAUUUUGCCAAUAAAGUGUUUGAGAAAAUGAAAUCAAGCAGCAUUAAGCCUGAUCGUGUGACUUAUAUAACUAUGCUUGACAAAUUUAGCGACCGUGGAGAUUUGGCCUCGGUGAGGAAGUUUUGGAGACUGAUGGAGGCUGACGGUCAUAGAGCUGAUGUCGUUACUUUCACUAUACUCAUUGAUGCUUUGUGCAAAGUGGGGAGAAUUAGUGAAGCUUUUGCAGUUUUAGAUAAAAUGAAAGAAAAUGGGAUCUUGCCGAAUCUUCAUACUUACAAUACUCUGAUAUGUGGGCUUUUAAGAAUGAAGAAAAUGGACCAAGCAUUAGAGUUAUUAGGUAAGAUGGAAACUUGUGGAAUUAAGCCAGAUGCAUACACGUAUAUCCUAUUCAUCGACUCCUACGGGAAAUUAGGAGAAGUGGACAAAGCUAUGGAGACUUUCGAGAAAAUGAAGUCACGUGGCAUUGCUCCAAGUGUUGUUGCCUGCAAUGCUUCUCUAUAUGGUCUUGCUCAGGCUGGUCGGUUUUCAGAGGCUAAAACGAUUUUUUAUGGCAUAAAAAAGAGCGGGCUUGUGCCUGAUUCUAUUACCUAUAACAUGAUGAUGAAAUGUUACAGUAGUUCCGGGAAAAUCGAUCUAGCAGUUAAGUUGUUUAAUGAGAUGAUUGAUAGCGGCUGUAAUCCUGAUGUAAUCGUGAUUAACUCGCUGAUAAACACCCUUUACAAGGCCAACCGGUCGAGUGAGGCUUGGGAUAUGUUCUUCAAGAUGAAGGAACUGAAGCUUGUCCCUAGUGUUGUGACUUACAAUACUUUGUUGGCUGGUCUGGGGAAAGAGGGUCGAGUUCGAGAGGGGUGUGUGUUAUUCGAGAGCAUGGCAGAAAGUGGUUGCCAUCCAGAUACGAUCACUUUUAAUACUCUUUUGGAUUGCCUCUGUAAGAAUGGUGAUGUUGAUUUGGCGCUGAAGAUGCUCUAUGAAAUGACGAAAAAGGAUUGCUUGCCGGACCUGUUUACUUACAACACGGUCAUAUAUGGUUUGGCGAAGAACGAUAGGGCUGCAGAAGCUUUUUGGGUUUUCCAUCAGAUGAAAAAGAUGAUUUAUCCCGAUAAUGCGACUCUGUACUCUCUCCUGCCAGGUGUCGUGAAAGCCGGUUUGAUUGAUGAUGCUUUCAAAAUCGUUGAGGAUUUUACCAAUAGAAACACGGCUAAUAAUUCGUUAUGGGAAAAUUUGGUAACUGGAGUUUUGAAGGAAGCAGAGCUUGAUCUUGUCAUUUCUUUUGUGGAAAAAUUGGUGUUGUUCGGUGUUUGCAAACACGGCUCGGUGAUGGAGCCGAUCAUUAAACUGCUGUGCAAGCAAAAGAAAUCCCUCGAUGCCCACAAAUUAUUCGAGAAAUUCACAAAGUAUUUCAAGAUUCGACCGACUGGGAAAACAGUAUAUUAUUUGAUCGGGGGGCUUCUCGAUAUUCACCUCAAUGAGCUCGCUUGGGCGAUUUUCGAGGAUAUGAAAACUGCAAUCUGUGUUGAGGUGCCAGUCUACAAUUUGAUGCUCGACAAUCUCGGGAAGUCCGGAAAGGUAGACAAACUUUUAGACACGUACAAUGAGAUGGUCCGUAGAGGAUGCAAGCCCGGCAACAUAACUCACAACAUACUAAUUUCGGGCCUUGCAAAGUCGAACAAAUUGGAAGCAGCAUUAGAUUUGUACUACAAUCUCAUAAGCAAAGGCUUUUCUCCUACUCCUUUUACGUACGGCCCACUCAUAGACGGCCUUCUGAAGGCACAAAGGUUAGACGAGGCAAAGAAUUUGUUCGAAGAGAUGCUCGAAUAUGGGUGCAGGCCUAAUUGUGCAAUCUAUAAUAUUCUUAUCAACGGGUUUGGAAAGUCAGGUGAUGUUGAAACCGGCAUUGAACUGUUUAAUAGAAUGGUUAGCGAGGGAGUUAGACCAGAUAUGAAGUCGUAUAGCAUUUUAAUCGACUGCUUUUGCAUGCUCGGUAGAAUAGAUGAGGCAGUGUAUUAUUUUGAGGAAAUCAAGGCUGCCGGGCUCGAUCCAGAUCUAUUCUGUUACAAUGUUAUCAUGAAUGGGCUCAGCCGAGCAGGAAAAGUGAAGGAGGCAUUGACUAUUCUAGACGAGAUGAGGGGCCGAGGGAUGAAUCCCAACCUUUAUACUUUUAAUUGUUUGAUAUAUAAUCUUGGAAUAGCUGGGAAGGCCGAGGAAGCUGAGAAUAUUUACAAGGAGCUCAAGCUAAUGGGUCUUAAGCCCGAUGUAUUUACGUAUAAUGCUCUGAUUAGGGCGUAUAGCACGUGCGGGGACAUGGAUCGUGCGUACGGAAUGUACGAGGAGAUGAUGGUCAGGGGUUGUAAUCCUAAUUCUGAGACCUUUUCUCAGCUUCCAAACUGA